AUGGCCACCGCAGCCGCUUUGCAACAUACCCCUGUCACCUUCCAGUCUCGAUCGCCACCCUCCGCCCAACUCCGUUCCAGACCCAAUGUCAAAUUCUUCCUCACUACUGGCGUCAAACUCCCGAAACUCACAAUCAAGCCCCUACUCCGUCGUAACCGCGGCGGAGGCGGUGCAUCUGGAGCCAGAAUGGCUGACUCUGCUGCCGGAAGCUAUGCCCUUGCCCUAUCUGAUGUCGCGAAAUCCAACAACACCCUCGAGCAAACCACUGCAGACAUCGAAAAACUCGAGAAAUUCUUCUCCGAUCCAGAUGUCUUAAAUUUCUUCACAAACCCCACCAUAGAUGAAGAGAAGAAGAUUGCAAUAGUCGACGAAAUCGCCAAAUCUUCAAGCCUGCAGCCCCAUGUCGUCAACUUCCUCAACAUUCUCGUUGACAUGAAGAGAAUUGAGUUGAUUAAGGACAUUGUGAAGGAAUUCGAAGUUAUUUACAACAAAUUGACGGAUACUGAACUCGCAAUUGUCACUUCAGUGGUGGAUUUGGAGUCGCAGCAUUUGUCCCAGAUCGCGAAAGAAGUGCAGAAAUUGACUGGCGCAAAGAAUGUGAGAAUCAAAACCGUAAUUGACCCUUCACUGGUGGCUGGAUUCACCAUAAGGUAUGGAAAUUCUGGGUCCAAACUGAUUGACAUGAGUGUGAAGACGCAGCUUGAAGAAAUUGCUGCUCAGUUGGAGAUUGGAGAUAUUCAAUUAGCUUCUUGA